UGUUCCUGUGAUCGCGACAACGGUUCCAGACUUAAUCAUCAGCGUUAUGGAAAGCAAACCUGCUCGAAUUCUGCUUCUGUCUGCAAGAAGAAACUGCCCGAAGGUGUGUCAGCAGAUGACGCUAGUCGCAAAGCCAGAGAGAAGCCACAAACAGUUCUGUUGAAGGAAGACCUUCUAUGUGCGUACGAUAAGAACGUUCGUCCAGUGAUUUACCAUGGCAACGCGACUUUCGUCUUUGUCAGCAUGUUGCUCAGGACUCUCACGUUUGAUGAGUAUAGCGGCUCCUUGAAUGUUGACUGCUGGAUGGUCUGGGAAUGGACGGACGAGAAGCUACAGUGGAAACCGUCCGAUUAUGGGGGUGUGGACGCACUGCGUCUGUACACUUCCGAGAUCUGGGUACCAGGAAUUUCGCAGCUCGGACUGACUUCGACGUGGAAUGUGAGACAUGAUAUCCACAGCGGCAUGUGUCUGGUGGAUUCCAGCGGCGUCGUGACGUGUGUCUCACGGACGGUCUACUUCUCAAUUUGUGCUCCCGACAUAGCCUACUGGCCGUACGACGCAAUGAAUUGUUCUGUUCAGAUUGGAGCAUGGAUGCAGACAGGAGAGGAGAUUGCUGUUAACACAAAUCAUGGCAUCGUGAAUAUAUAUCACUAUGAACCUAAUUCGGAGUGGAAGCUGUUGUCUGCGACUUCCAGGAGGCACUUGGAAAAUUCUGGCGAAAACUCUACUUUUCCUUGGAUUCAGUACAGUUUUGUUAUGCAGAGGCAUUCGGGAAUGUAUGAGGCCACGAUAGGAAUACCUGCUCUGGUUCUAUCUUCUCUGGUUUUACUUUCGUUCUGGUUGUCACCAUCGGAAGAAAGUAGAAUAAACAUCUUAUGCGUCAGUUUAAUUUGUCACUGCGUGUAUCUAACGUAUUUGGGCGCAAAAUUGAACAACACUGGAGAGAAGAGCCCUCUAAUAGUACAGCUAUUUCGUGACUCGUUACUACUGUCAGGGGUGUCGUUUGUGGUUGCCAUCGUUUUGCGGUAUUUGGUCUCUGCUUCAGCAACACCUCCUCGUUGGGUGUCUAGGAUCAUAAGAUGGACACUGAGCUACCGUGCUGGUCAACUUUUCCUUCUGACGAAAAUAUCACCAGCGGAUGCAGCAAUUGUGGAGGAGGAAGGAGAAGAAGAAGUUGGGCUUAUAGGGACACCAACCGCAGUUGGCGUACGUGGAUGGACUGCGUUCGGCAGAUUGCUGAAUCGUGUCUGCUUUAUAGUGACCUUAUUCGUGUAUUUGUUAAUAUUUGCAAGAUGGUUGACUUAAAUGAGGAACCAUUUUCAAUGUAAAUAUACCCCUAUUUUAUUCAUAACUUAGUAAGUAUGUUUCUAAAUAUCUUUAGCCAUGUUGAUGCUAGUCUUUAUAUUAAUAAACCGUUUCCUGUUUAUUUA